GAGCGAACGAGGGAGAGAUUUGAAACAUCACAUGUAAAGAUAAUGGAAUGGCUAGAGUCGCUAGACAUGGGUUGGUCCAGAAACUCGUGGUGGGGGACCUCUCCUUCCACGACUCGUCUCCCUUCGCGAAGCUCUUGGACUCGUGCGUCAAAUCGAGGUCGGUGCGAGACACGCGCCUCAUCCACGCCCGUAUCAUCAAAUCCCAGUUUUCCUCUGAAGUUUUUAUCCAGAAUAGGAUUAUUGAUGUCUAUGGUAAAUGCGGUUCUUUGGACGAUGCACGCAGAGUGUUUGAUCGAAUGCUUCAAAGGAAUACUUUCACUUGGAAUUCGAUUAUAAGUGCGUUAAUAAGAUGGGGUUAUCUUCAUGAGGCUGUGCAGGUCUUUGGGUCGAUGCCUGAGCCAGACCAGUGCUCGUGGAACUCAAUGGUAUCGGGUUUUGCGCAACAUGAUCGUUUUGAUGAAGCCUUACAGUAUUUUAGUAAAAUGCAUAGGGAGAAUUUUAUGCUUAACGAGUACUCGUUUGGUAGUGCUCUUAGUGCCUGUUCGGGCCUUGUGAAUUUGAAAAUGGGUAUUCAAAUACAUGCUUUGGUCUCCAAAUCCUGCUACUCGUCGGACGUUUAUAUGGGUUCUGCUCUUAUUGACAUGUAUUCUAAGUGUGGGAGUGUGGCUUGUGCUCACAGAGUUUUUGAUCGGAUGAGUGAACGGAACAGAGUUUCUUGGAACAGCAUGAUUACAUGCUAUGAGCAAAAUGGUCCGGCAAAUGAAGCUUUGGAGGUUUUUGUGAAAAUGAUGGAUUGCGGCAUUGAACCAGAUGAGGUCACUCUAGCUAGUGUGGUCAGUGCUUGUGCGAGUUUGUUGGCAAUUAGAGAAGGUUUGCAGAUUCAUGCUCACGUUGUGAAAUGUGACAAAUUCAGGGAUGAUCUUGUUUUGGGAAAUGCAUUGGUUGAUAUGUAUGCAAAAUGUUGUAAAAUCAAAGAAGCUAGAUGGGUUUUCGAUAGGAUGCCAAUUAGGAAUGUGGUGUCUGAAACCUCCUUGGUGAGUGGGUAUGCAAAGGCAGGAAGUGUGAAAGAUGCAAGGUUAAUGUUUACAAAGAUGAUGGAGCGGAAUGUAGUGUCUUGGAAUUCACUUAUUGCAGGGUAUACACAGAAUGGGGAGAAUGAAGAGGCGCUUGGGCUCUUCCUCCUUCUAAAGAGGGAAUCCAUUUGGCCAACCCAUUACACCUUUGGGAAUCUACUCAAUGCUUGUGCCAAUCUUUCAGAGCUGCAGCUGGGCAGACAGGCUCAUGGUCACGUUUUGAAGCAUGGAUUUCGCUUUCAAUCUGGAGAGGAGAGUGACAUUUUUGUGGGGAACUCUCUCAUCGACAUGUACAUGAAAUGUGGAUCAGUUGAAGAUGGGAGCCGGGUAUUUGAAAAUAUGAUGGAAAGGGAUUGUGUCUCUUGGAAUGCCAUGAUAGUGGGAUAUGCACAAAAUGGUUAUGGAACUGAAGCUCUUCAAAUUUUCCAGAAUAUGUUGUCAUCCGGAGAGAAACCAGACCAUGUCACUAUGAUCGGUGUUCUAUGUGCUUGCAGUCAUGGGGGGUUAGUUGAAGAGGGGCGUAAUUAUUUCCACUCAAUGAGAACGGAGCAUGGUUUGACACCACUGAAGGACCAUUAUACAUGUAUGGUUGAUAUACUUGGUCGAGCUGGAUGCCUCGAUGAAGCAAAGAGUUUGAUAGACAAAAUGCCGAUGCAGCCUGAUGCUGUUGUCUGGGGAUCUUUGCUUGCUGCUUGUAAAGUCCAUAAGAACAUUAUAUUAGGGAAGUAUGUGGCAGAGAAGCUCUUGGAGAUUGACCCUUGGAACUCUGGACCUUAUGUACUUCUCUCAAACAUGUAUGCUGAGCUUGGUAAAUGGAGGGAUGUUAUGAAAGUUAGGAAGCAGAUGAGACAACAGGGAGUUAUCAAGCAGCCGGGUUGCAGUUGGAUUAAAAUCCAGAGUGAUUUGCAUGUUUUCAUGGUGAAAGAUAAAAGGCAUCCUCAGAGGAAGGAGAUGUAUUUACUUUUGAAGAUGCUCACGGAACAGAUGAAGAGAGCUGGGUAUGUGCCAGAUGCUGUUGUUCAUGAUGCUUCCGAUGAGCAGAGUGAAUCUGAAUUUAUCUCCUGUGACGAAGUGGAAAUGCCAGCAGAUGCUAUUGUGGGUUGACAUCAAAUGCUCUGCUUUGGUAUCCCAUUUAUCAGCAUCUGAUUGAUUCUUCUCCUCAAUUUACAAAAAGUCAAAAACUAAUCUUACAAUUAAGCAUUAGUUACCCUCAUCUCCCUGGAGGUUUAGGCAGACGACAGACACAUCCCCUCUAGCUUGGAGAAUUACCGAGAGCCUGGAGGGCGGCCUGUAUAAUUUAUCCUGUAAUUCAUUGUUUCGAGGCAUAUCAUAUGUUCAGUCGCCCAAUUCAUGAUAUGAACAGAACUAACAGCCUUUGGCAAA